AUGGCGCACACCAAGUUCUUCGUACUAGCCAUGAGCAGCCUUGUCAAGUUCGUCCCAUCUGCGUUUCCCUUUUCCCCACACUUUGGACGUCACAACGUUUGCCAAACAAGAGCAACCACCAUCAGAAUCCAUCCCUUAUUCAGCACACUGGGGAUCCCGAGACCUUGGUACCAUCGGCCGCUUUCAGUCAAGGGGCCACUGCGCAGUUCGAAUCUCAUCAAAGAGAGAGAGUCCAUCAAGAUCACAUGGGGAUACGGAUAUAGCAACCUGCAAAAGAGAAGAAAGGCCAGAACAACAGGAAACUCACUCGAGGAAGAAAAAGAGGCGUUGCGACAAGACGUACAAGAACAUAACAAUGUCAGCACCAGCAUAACGGCCCUCGUUGCCGCCGCGCCCCAGCAGCCAGCCAUCAACUUUACACUGGAACCCCGAACCCGACGACAAAACAUCACCAACACAGAAAUGUCGGCAGAUGUGACCUUUGACAUCGUCACGGCCAGCAUCUGCGCCCUCCUCAUCAUCGUCCGCUGCGGCUACCGCAUCCUCCUACGAUGUAAAGUCCACGAUACCUGCCACCGGAUGUGGCACGUCGACGACGCCUACAUGGCCUUUGCGCUCCUCCCGCUCAUCGGCCGCACGACUUGCAUCUCGCUCUCCUUCUACCUCAACCCGACGCACACGUAUGAUGCCGCCACCGAAGAGGCGGCCGCGGCGCGGAAUCUCAGUGUUGAGAAAUUGGCAGAGUAUUACGUCAUCUCACACAAGCUGCUUAUACCGGCUCGCAUAUUCUAUGCAUUAUUGUAUGUCGCUUACACCUACUUGCCUGAGUCUAUUCCGCCUCACACUCACUGUUGUGAGGGUGGCGGACUGCAAUUCAAGGCGUCUAACAUUGUCAUCAAUAGCAUGUGGUCCCCUGAUCCUACUGGCGCAAAUACCUGCCAUCGCGCCCUCGGAAACCUCAUCACAAUGGCCGUCUUCAACAUCGUUACCGAUAUUGCGCUUAUCGUCUUCCCGUUUCCUAUCUUUCGUCAUGUUAAACUCGACAGCAAAGUUAAGGUGCAGCUCGUGCUCUUAUUCAGCAUCGCUGGCGUUGUUGUCGUCAUCACCAUCAUGCGACUACCCAUGAUACUGAACCAGGCAGUAUCACAAAGAUCUCGUUCCAUGUGGGCAUCCAUAGAGAUACUUUGCGCCUGUAUCGUCGCAAAUACAGCAUUCUUUUACGCCUUAUUGAAAGACUACCAGCGAGGCCACGACUCUCGCGGGGGCAACUCGAGCUACGUGCAGCAGCCCGAUUAUUACAUGCAAGCGAUUCCUUCGCCAGAGUUGCGGAGGGGAUCCUCGGCGCGCUCUGAUGGUUUAGAAGUGCCGGACCAUUGGCUCUACCCCGCCAAGCAACUGCCCUCAUCAAUCCGCUCCUUUAAUCACGAUCUAUCGAGACCAGACAGGAUGACUGACACCUCUACGCUCUCAAACCUCGCAUCCUACACCUUCGGCGGGCUCUGCAUCCUCUCCGCCCUCCCAUUCGUCGGCAUCCCGUUUCCCAACCGCCGCGCGGCAGACUACUACGCCGGUAAAAGCGAGUGGAUGUCGCAAAUCUUUCGCCGGCGUCUCACCCCCAGACAAGCCGGAUACUUUGGUGCAGCGUUACGCAUCGCAGUCGGCGCCGCCGUCAUAGUCCCCGAAAUGAGGGAGCCCGCGCUGCUCUUCAACGGGGCUGUGAUCACGUAUGGGACCAUCAGGGCCUAUGUAGAUGGGCGACCUAUGCUCCCGCAGUGGGGAAUGUUAGCAGUGAUUGCGGUUUGUCUUGGUCUUGGACGUUUAUCGCAAGCUACUUUGGUUGAAGAGCCGUAG